CUGACCUGACCUUACCUACCUCGACCUCGACCUCGACUUCGAUCGACCUCUUUACCCCUCCCUCCCUCCUCUUUAUUACAUCUACUCCACUGCCUACAACAUAUAUACAUACAUACCUACACAGCAAUACCGUGUGACAGAUACUAGACUACCUCCUCGAUACAUAAGGUACCUACCUACCUACCUACCAGGUCCAAGUCAUUAUGUCCGACGCGCCCAACACCAAAGGACACCAUCCAUCUCUGGUCGGAGGCCACGCACAAUAUGUCAAGGGACUAGGCGAGGCAGGAGUUGCAGCCGUCACUGGGAAUUCCGCCUGGCAGCGAUCCGCCGACGCCGACAAGUCCCAAGGCAUCAACACCAUGAAAGCCGCUUCUGCCGCACGGGACCCGCAACAGCAAGGAAUGGGGAAAGUCGAGGAACUCGCGGGCAAGGCCGUGGGUUGUGAAGGCAUGCAGCAAGAGGGAGCAGAGAGCGCCGCGGCGACGACGAACACGAACACGACGCAGAAGAAGACGGGUGAAGGUCAUACCUAUUACUCGAGAGGCGAGAAUGUCGAGAUCUGAUAAGAGGGUUGAACAUGUACCUGUACCUAGCUAGGUACCUAACUUGGUCGAAGUGAUUUUACAUAUGGAAAAAGUGAUGUGCAUGGUGCAUCCCACACAUCGGCGUCAUGUAUAGAUAGAUGGACAUGAUGGGGAACACGAUGUGUUUGCACAGUGAUCCAUCCAGUCCGUGCUCUCCGUCACCACUGCA